UAAUAGCUACAUGUGUCCAAAGCAAAGGACAUAGUGUUGUUAAGCCCAACAUGAGGCCCAGUCUAACAUGGACUUAGCGGAUUCAAAUCUAAAGAGCUCAUUGCUCAAAAAAGAAAUUUCUAGAAAGCUCGAGGUGUUUGGAGGCAAUGGUGGAUAUUUACGGUCUCAUCAUUGGCGUCAACCCUUUGAAGAUGAAGAAAUUGCAGCAGUCAUGGAGGCAGCGCAGGGGGUUGAAGUGGAAGCUCGAAAUAUGUUUGUUAUUGUCGUUUCUCCUUUUCCUUUUUUUCCUUGUGUCCAGCUGUUCCUCUGUGUUGUGAGUUGGGCAGGUGCCUAGCCCAUGACAACGACAAAAACAAAAAAAAACAAAAAAAUUCAGUGGCGCCUAACUGCCAUUCAAACCUUACGAGUAACUACCAUUCUUCUUCUUCUUCUGACUAAAACGGCAGAAGCAGAAGAACCACAAUGCACUCUCCCUUUCUCACUGCAACUCAUCCGCCAUGCUCAAAGGCAAGCUCAAGCUUCCACGUCCACUUCCAAGUCCCGACCAGCUUGGCAGCUUGAUUGCUGGAGGAUCAGAAUCCGAAGAGUUCGAGUUUGGCGAAGAGCUGGAACCGAUUCAUCCAGCUGCAUUACGGUUGCACAGAGAGAGUGAUGAUGCUGAUGAAGCUAUAGAUAACGAUGAUGACGGUGGUGGUGGUGGUAAUGGCAUGGACCAUAAAACCCGGCAGAGGCCGCGUAAGGACACCAUUAAUCCGGUUUCCGUGUUGAAGUCCACUUCAGAGGAAGAGAAAAGAUCUGAUUUAGAACAUGAGCUUUCUCAAAGGGAGAUUAAUUUGGAGAAGUUGCAAAGAAUUGCUAGCACUGGUAGUCCUGAUGGAGGAGGUUUGCGUGCAAUAGCGUGGAAGCUUCUCUUGGGUUACUUACCUUCAUCUCAGGACCUGUGGGAGAAGGAAUUGAAAGAGAAUAGACAAAAGUAUUCUAAUCUGAAAGAGGAACUUCUCCUGAAUCCAUCAGAACAUAUCUGGAGGGAAGGCAAAGAAUUAAGUUCCGCGAACCAGCACAAGGAAGGUGACAGUGAUGGCCUGUUAAGGCGACAUGAAAUUUCUCAGGAAGAUCACCCUUUGAGCCUGGGCAAGGCUAGUCUUUGGAGUCAGUAUUUUAAGUACACGGAGACAAUAGAACAGAUUAAUAGAGAUCUGCAGCGGACACAUCCAGAUAUACCAUUCUUUUCAGGGGAGUCAUCAUUUAGUCUUAAAAAUAGGGAAGCAAUGAAGAAUAUCCUUCUCCUGUUUGCAAAAUUAAAUCCUGUAAUUUGUUAUGUGCAAGGCAUGAACGAAGUCUUGGCACCAAUAUACUAUGUAUUUACUAUUGACACUCACAAGCAAAAUGCUGUAAGCACUUUCCCUGGUGAUGAACAGGUUAAACCACAAUACCACAAUUCUCGAUGGAUUACACUGCUACUCACACAAGAGUUCAAAUUUGAGUCUAUCCUGAGAAUAUGGGAUACACUUCUGAGUAAUCCUUUUGGUGUUCAGGAUAUGCUUCUUCGUGUCUGUUGUGCAAUGCUACUUUGCGUGAAAAGCAAUCUCUUGGGUGGGGAUUUUGUGGCUAAUUUGAAGCUUUUACAACACUAUCCUGAGGAUAUCAACUUAGAAUACCUUCUCCAGUUCAAGUUGUUCAAUUUAUUUCUAUUUGGAAUUGAUGCUUUGAAGCCUGGUGAUGAACAGGUUAAACCACAAUUCUAUGCAUUCCGAUGGAUUACACUGCUACUCACACAAGAGUUCAAAUUUGAGUCUAUCCUGAGAAUAUGGGAUACACUUCUGAGUAAUCCUUUUGGUGUUCAGGAUAUGCUUCUUCGUGUCUGUUGUGCAAUGCUACUUUGCGUGAAAAGCAAUCUCUUGGGUGGGGAUUUUGUGGCUAAUUUGAAGCUUUUACAACACUAUCCUGAGGAUAUCAACUUAGAAUACCUUCUCCAGGUAGCCCAGGACAUUAGUCCUGACACUUCUUCUUAUUGCUUAUCCCUUUGAUUGAUUUAUACAUAUCCAACUCCUUUUUGUAUAAUUGCGUUAUCAUGUUUUGUAAACUCAAUGUUAGUUGAAUACCUAAUAGAGGAAGAAAAUUUCUGUCAUAAA